UGUAAAGCGCAUCCUCUGCCGUUUUCUUUUUCUUUGGCAAGUUCCGCGCUUGGUCUUCCUUUGUAGGUUGCUGCACUAGCCCUAUUCACUUUUGUCGGAGCACAUCUCCUUGAACCGCGCUGGGGACGGAAAUCUUCGGCUCCCGCAGUCCUAAGACUCUCAAGCAGGCGAAGUUUGGGGUUUUUUUUUUCCCAAUUUGAAAAGAAAGGCUUCGCGAGAGAGACAUGCAAGUCUCCAUAGCGUGCACGGAACAUAACCUCAAGAACCGGAAUGGGGAAGACAGAUUGAUCAGCAAACAGACCACCACCGCUCCAAAUGCGGUCAAUGCAGCCAGAGCAAAAUUCCGGACAGUGGCGAUUAUCGCUCGCAGUCUGGGAAGCUUUACCCCUCAGCAUCACAUAUCUUUAAAAGAAUCCACUGCAAAGCAGACGGGCAUGAAAUACAGAAACCUUGGGAAAUCUGGAUUAAGAGUUUCUUGUUUGGGACUGGGGACCUGGGUCACCUUUGGAGGUCAAAUUUCAGACGAGGUUGCUGAACAGCUAAUGACCAUUGCAUAUGAAAGUGGUGUGAAUCUCUUCGACACAGCAGAGGUAUAUGCAGCUGGAAAGGCUGAAAUUAUUUUGGGAAACAUUAUCAAAAAGAAAGGCUGGAGGAGGUCAACUCUGGUCAUUACAACAAAACUCUACUGGGGUGGAAAAGCUGAAACAGAAAGAGGACUUUCAAGGAAACACAUUAUUGAAGGGUUAAAAGCCUCUCUCCAGAGACUGCAGCUUGAAUAUGUGGAUGUGGUCUUUGCAAAUCGACCAGAUGGGAAUACUCCAAUGGAAGAGAUUGUCCGAGCAAUGACACAUGUGAUUGAUCGGGGGAUGACAAUGUAUUGGGGGACUUCGCGCUGGAGUGCCAUGGAGAUUAUGGAAGCAUAUUCAGUUGCAAGACAGUUUAAUAUGAUCCCACCGGUAUGUGAACAAGCAGAAUAUCACCUUUUCCAAAGAGACAAAGUUGAAGUUCAGUUGCCAGAAUUAUACCACAAGAUAGGAGUUGGAGCAAUGACUUGGUCUCCGCUUGCUUGUGGGAUUAUCUCAGGAAAAUAUUCCAGUGGAGUCCCCGAAGGAUCAAGGGCAUCCUUGAAGUGCUAUCAAUGGCUAAAGGAGAAAAUUGUGAGCGAAGAAGGAAGAAAGCAACAAACAAAACUGAAAGAACUUUUCCCAAUUGCUGAACGCCUUGGAUGUACACUACCUCAGCUAGCAGUCGCAUGGUGUCUUCGUAAUGAAGGUGUGAGUUCUGUUCUCCUUGGAUCAUCCAAUGCUGAGCAAUUGAUAGAAAAUCUGGGUGCCAUACAGGUUCUUCCAAAGAUGACAUCUCACAUUGUGAAUGAAAUUGAUAAUAUUUUGGGGAACAAACCUUUCUGCAAAAAGGACUACAGAUCCUAAUGUACUGCAUGAUUAGUCUGGACUGCAUGGCUAAACAAUAGCUCUGUGCAUAGUAGUGUACCGAGUUGAUACUAUCCAGUUACAAUAAAAAAUACUCUGCAAUUGUAACUUACUAAAUCCUCCAAGGCAGUUAUGUUCCACCAAAAUUCAGUAACAUAGCUGAUCUGUCUAAACUAAAUUGUCUUUACUGUUUUUAAAAUAUAUCAAAUCUUAAGAGUUUGGAUUAAAUCUUGACUGAGAUCAAUUUGACUCUAAUGAAAGAAUGAAAAACACAAAAAAAUGCAGAAACAUUCAGUUAAUCAGGGUUUGUGUAGGAUUUUCCUAACAGAUUCUGACCCCACUGAGUCUUAUUUUUCUUUCUUCCUAUUUAUGCCGUGAAAAUACAAAGAAUCAAAGAUUUCUAAGCCUUAGGUACUUGAAAAUAAAAAGAAGGAUGUAUAGCUAUAUUUUUUCAAUAAACAAAAAGCAAGAUACAAUUGAAAGCUUAAGACAAUUUCAGGGAUUUAGAUUCUUCAAGCUAUCUUAACUAUAGGUAAGUUCAAAGUUUUGCCAUUUGCAUUUUUAAAUAGAAUUGAUUUCUAGAUAAACUGUUUAGCUUGGGUUUUGGCUGAAAGAAGGGUUUACUGUUUAAA